AAAAAAAAACCGACUGGGUGAGUCGCUCUUUGUUUCUGGCUAGGAGGAAAAACCUAAAGACGUUGCACCCGGCAAGGAUUCAAACAGCAACCAUUCGUGGGUUCUUUCUGCUGCCACACAUUCCCUGCUUCCCUGAGAGAUGUCCACCCCUGACCCCCCGAUGGGAGGGACCCCUCGUCCGGGACCCUCCCCAGGACCGGGGCCAUCUCCGGGAGGCAUGAUGGGUCCGAGCCCCGGCCCCUCUCCAGGCUCCACCCACAGCAUGAUGGGACCCAGCCCGGGGCCCCCAGGAUCCGGACACCCCCACCCGGCACAGGGGCCCUCGGGAUAUCCUCAGGAGAACAUGCACCAGAUGCACAAACAGCCAAUGGAAGCCAUGCAUGAGAAAGGAAUGCCCGACGACCCCCGCUACGCCCAGAUGAAGGGCAUGAGCAUGAGGCCGGGGGGGCACAGCGGCAUGGGACCCCCUCCAAGCCCCAUGGACCAACACUCCCAAGGUUACCCCUCUCCGUUGGGCGGUUCAGACCACGCCCCCAGCCCAGUCCCAUCUAACGGCCCCCCCUCUGGUCCCAUGAUGCCCGGAGGCCCCCCCGGCCCCAUGGAGGGCGGCGGGGACCAGAACCAGGGGAUGGGCCAGCCGAACCGUGGCGCUCCUCAGGGUCCAGUGGGUCCAGGGGGUGUCGUGGGAGGACCAGGAGGACCAGUUGGACCAGGUGGAGCUGGAGGCCCGGCCCCCUUCAACCAGAACCAGCUGCACCAGCUCCGGGCUCAGAUCAUGGCGUACAAGAUGCUGGCCCGCUCCCAGCCGCUGCCCGACCACCUGCAGAUGGCCGUGCAGGGCAAGAGGCCCAUGCCCGGGAUGCAGCAGCCCAACAUGCCCAACAUGGCUCCGUCUGCUGGGCCCGGAGGACCAGGAGCCGGACCAGCACCCGCAAACUACAACAGACCCCAUGGUGAGUGGCGUCAGGAAAAUAUAUAUUUCUCUAAUGUGUCUCCUGACAAAAUAAAUUCACUUUAAAGGUCCCCUAUUAUGCAACAUCCUCUUCUUCAUGUCUCUUCUACAUCAACAUGUGUCCCCUCUUCUUCAUGUCCCCUGCGUCCCCCCGCUGCAUCCCCAGUGAUGCCCCUUCAGACCCACAGCCCCGGGCAGCCCAACCAGCCGCCCCCCAUGAUGCUCCACCAGAAGCAGAACCGCAUCACUCCCAUCCAGAAGCCCCGCGGGCUGGACCCGGUGGAGAUCCUGCAGGAGAGAGAGUACAGGCUUCAGGCUCGCAUUGCUCACCGGAUCCAGGAGCUGGAGAACCUUCCGGGUUCUCUGGCCGGAGAUCUGAGAACCAAAGCCACCAUCGAGCUGAAGGCCCUGAGGCUGCUCAACUUCCAGAGACAGCUGCGCCAGGAGGUGGUGGUCUGCAUGCGUCGGGACACGGCGCUGGAAACCGCUCUGAACGCUAAAGCCUACAAACGCAGCAAACGGCAGUCUCUGCGUGAAGCUCGCAUCACCGAGAAGCUGGAGAAACAGCAGAAGAUCGAACAGGAACGCAAACGCCGGCAGAAACACCAGGUACAAAACAAAACACUCAACUGA